AUGACCAUUUAUAUGUAUUCGACGGGCUUCGAGCAAUGCUAUAAGUUGAGAGUGGCAUUGAACUUCAACCCUUUGGACGACAGAGAUGGGAUACUGAUAUACUGUUCCCAAAGCGACGAGGGACUAGGAGACUUUGUGGCACUUACUGUCAAAAACAGACGCAUUGAAUUUCGGUAUGACAUUGGUUCUGGUGUAGCAAUCAUCAAAUCAAAUCACAUCCUUCAACCUGGGGUCUGGACACACGUGUCAAUAACCAGAGACUAUAAAGAAGGCAAUUUAACAGUAAACGGAGAACCUACUGUAACAGGUAAAUCCCCAGGACCCUCUCGCACAAUGACGCUUAAUACACCCCUGUACAUUGGAGGAGUUGAUCGCAGAAGAAUCAUAGUGAAUAGAAAUGUUAGCGUGAAUCAUGCCUUUCGUGGUUGCAUCAGUGAUUUGGGAGUGUCUUCUUUGAACGUGGACAUAUUGAAGUCAGCGAUAGACUCAGCAAACAUAGAUGACUGCAACGUGUUACAUCCUAAUCAAACUAAGUUGACCCCCAUUGUCACUACUCCACCAUCCACCACUACACCCUAUGACCCAUGUGCAUCAAAUCCAUGCAUUCAUGGAGCAUGCCAGAGCACUGAUUUCUAUGACUACUCCUGCACCUGUGAAUACGGCUAUGUGGGUAGAAAUUGUGAGAAUAUUCUGAAACAAUGCGAGCUGCUUUUACCCUGCAGAAACGGUGGAACGUGCACUGAUCUUCAUGGGUCGUACAAGUGUGAUUGUCGACUGGGUUACAAUGGACAGAACUGUGAAAAAUUGGCAGAAAUAACCUAUGAUGUUACAUUUAGAGGAGACGGUUGGUUGGAAUUGGAUAGGUCUGUGAUGACACAUGAAGAGGAGCGUGAAGUCUUAGGCUUUGAGAUUUCAACAAAUAAGACUCAGGGAUUGAUCAUGUGGCAUGGACAGACACAGAACGAUCUGAAUCCUGAUCAUUAUAUGUCUCUUGCAGUGGUGGAUGGUUAUGUAGAGUAUCAGUACAACUUGGGCACUGGUCCAGUGGUGAUUCGUGUCACAGCUCAAAAGGUAGACGAUGGAGAGAGACAUAGAAUAAUCCUUAAGCGACAGGGUAGCGAUGGUAGUAUUGAAUUAAAUGGUGAACACAUGGAGAGUGGUUCCAGUUAUGGAACGCAGCAGGAAUUGAAUACCAGGGGCAGUGUUUAUCUGGGUGGAGUGCCUGAUUAUGCCAUGACUUAUGGGAAAUAUCAAGAAGGAUUCUCUGGUUGUAUAUACACCAUGGAGGUACAAGAUUCUGGAGCAAUUGACAUUGGGGAAAAAGCCAUCAGGGGAAAGAAUGUUUCUCCAUGCACCAGAAAUUUGGAUGAGAAACUUCCAACGCGUGGAGAUCUUGGAACGUUUUAUUAAUAAGUUUCCCUAGCUAAUCAUAAACGGUGUGGAGUUCUUCUGAAAAUGCUAACUCGAAUGGUAAUUAUUGCCCACGAUGUGAAAGUACCGCGUUAAAUACAUAUGUAAGCAGUUUUAUAUUUGUAGAUAUACAAAAUGUAUUCCCAACAACAUGAUACAAACACCAUUGAUAUUAACGUUUUAUAACCGAGUCAACUACAUUUUAUACGACUUCGUUUUUACAGUGUAUAAAAAAAAGAAAACAAUACUGAUUUCAUUUAUAUAGAACAAUCAUUUUCUGGGGCAUGUAUUCUUUAUCAAUCAUUUGGUUCAAUUUCUUCUUUUCAUGUUAACUGCCAUAGAACACUGAGGCGACUGCAGAGGAAUACAAUACUGUUAUAUCAAAUCAUAUAUAAGUUUUCACUGCCAUUGUUUCAUUUGUUAGGCUCCUAAUUUUUCUAAUCUUCAAACUAAAUAAAAAUACUUUAGUAGUUUAAUCUAGUCAUAAUUGCUUUGGUGAUAAAAAAAGAAAUGGGGCCUAUUUAUAUAGAACUUGUUAAUUGUUAUGAUUAUAUUGGUAAUUGAACAAAGGCCCAAUAUUUAUUAAAUAUUACAGGCACGUUACAAUAAGUUCAACGACGGUUCUAUUUCUGAUCAAAACAGUUUGAACUCCAUUUAUGUGAUACUGAUGAAAGUUACUUAAUGAGAUAUUUGCAUAAUUAAGGUCGGUGCUAGUAAAAUGUGUUGCUAGUUAAUAAUAAAAUUUGUAUCCAAUAUAUACAUACACUGUGACAAAAGAACAUAUGUAAAUAUUUAUAAUUAGUCUUGCGGUAUUGGCAUUUUCUUACAUUAUCUGUAAUCGCUAUUUCUUAAGAAAGGGCAUAGUAAUACUGAUAGUUUGGCAGUAAGGAUGAAAUAAUAAUGGAUAGAUGAACAUAUACAAUAUUUAGAUGGAACUUUUACAGAUCAUUUUAUUGUUCAUUAGAUUGACAUUACAGGGUAGCGUUUAUGUUACAAAUUCAUUCAUAAAAAUGUACUUUAUAUUCAUGCGUUUAUUUGUUAAAUGAUUUGCUGUCAAUUACAAAUGCAAUUAUCGUGAACACUUUUAUAGGGCAAAUGAAUUGACGAAUCAAUGAACAAGAAAGACUCGAAUUCAAUGCACAAUAAUAACAGCUAGACCGUUCAUUCAUUUCUUUUCGUAGCCCGAUAACAUGUAUAUUCGCGAAUUUUUAUCUUUUAACUUCAAUAUAUAUUCUUUAAUUUCAUAGAAGAUAAACAUGUUAAUACCCGCAUAGAAUUUUUUAAAACAUAUAUCAAAACUUUAUCAAUAUAUUGUAAAUGACUGUGUACAGAAAUUUACUAUAUACAAUUGUAAGUACAUUGCUUCGACCUAGCACCUUCUUAUUAUCCAACAUCGAACAAAUGCUUUCUGAAUGUUUUAUGUAUAAGCUUUAAUGUAAGCUUAUAUGUGUAUAUAAACAUAAAUAUAAAAGAACAAAAAGAAA